AGGACCGAAGGCUGUGCUUGAGGCCCAGGUUGGGGCACGAGGUCGCCGGAAGUCGAGGCCUCGCGGCCGUCCAGCCCGUCGCCAUGACAACCUGAGGAGAGGCAACGGCGGCAAAGCGAGGAGCAGUUGAGGCGGGCGCGGCGAGGGGCCGCCUCCGCCUGGCCGAGCUCUCGGAGGGCUGCCAAGUGUCCGCCUCGGCUCGUGCCGUCCCUGCCCGGAGACUAUGAGAAGAUGGUCGUGCAAACGAGGAACAAGCACAAAGAAGUGCCGUCCAAGGGGUCACAGUCCCCCCGCUCUACCUUGCGGGGCCACCGGGGCGCGACCAGCUGUGAGCGGAGGCUCCAGGCAGAGGAGAAGCGCGAAAAAGGGUCUCCCAUUCACCUAAGAGGAGGCCAUAAGGUUUUCAGGUGGUUGCUAUGCAGAUUAAUGGUGACUAGCGUGAGGCGCCUGGUAUUCAUGUUUUUGCAGAAGCUGACCUCCUUGCAGCAGAACCGCAAUUUCUCGUGGAACAUAACGGUGGCAUUAGGUGCUUUGGCAGGAGUUUUGCACUGGACUCAUUUAACAACUCUUUUUGAAAAUGAUCGCCAUUUUUCCCACCUCUCAACAUUGGAAAGGGAGAUGACUUUUCGCACUGAAAUGGGACUUUACUAUUCCUACUUCAAGACCAUGGUAGAAGAGCCUUCAUUUACGAAAGGACUAUGGAUGAUAAUGAAUGAUAAACUUACAGAAUUUCCUCUUGUAAUUAAUGCAGUGAAACGCUUUCAUCUUUAUCCAGAGAUUUUCAUAGCCUCCUUGUACCGGCUAUUCAAUGGAACAACGGGCUUCCUUGGCAUUCAAACAAAGACAUGCUAUAAUGUUUCCAGAGGACAUGGGAUUAAUCCAAUCGAAAGCUGUGAAGGAUUGGGAGACCCUGCUUGCUUUUAUAUUACCGUGAUUUUUGUUUUAAAUGGAUUAAUGAUGACAUUAUUCUUCAUAUAUGGCACAUACCUCAGUGGAAGUCAAAUUGGAGGUCUGCUUUCAGUAAUAUGCUUCUUUUUCAACCAUGGAGAGUCUACACGUGUGAUGUGGACUCCACCUCUCCGAGAAAGCUUCUCAUACCCAUUCCAUGUACUUCAGAUGCUACUUACAACUCACGUUCUCAGGUCUCGAGAGAAUAGUAGGAGAGACUACAUUGCACUCUUUGUGUCUAAUGUCGCUUUCAUGCUUCCUUGGCAGUUUGCUCAGUUCAUUCUUUUUACACAGAUGGUGUCAUUAUUUUCAAUGUAUGUUGUGGGGUAUAUUGAGCCAUACAAAUUUCUGAAGAUCAUCUUUGUGAACUUGGUAUCUAUUGGAGUCUGCUUUAUUUUAAUGUUUGGAAAUCGCACAUUUUUGUCAUCUUAUUUUGCUGCCUCUUUGUUAGUUACAUGGGGUAUCCUGAAAAAUAGAAAUAAAAUCCUACAUUUGCAAUCAUCACAAGCUUUAUUUUGGCUAAUUCAAUGGUUUUUUUGGUGGAGUGGAACAAUCAUUUUGAAAGUGAUAUUAUCUCAUCUCUUUCGUGUAACAGAUCAGUUUCACCUGAGUGACCUCAUAACUGCCAGAAUUUUAAGAUACACAGAUUUUGACACUCUAAUGUAUACCUGUGCACCUGAAUUUGACUUAAUGGAAAAGGAGACUCCACUGAGGUACAUGAAGACAUUUUUGCUUCCAGCUGUUGUUAUGAUUUCUUAUUUUAUCUUUAAAAAGGUGCUUCCUGACAUUUUAAGUCUCUUAUCAACAGAAAAGCCUUAUUACAGAAAACAACUUCACCAGGAUGAGUCAAAGAAUCCACCCACAGUUCUGCUGGUUUUUCAUGAAUUGGAGCUAUUUGCUUUUGCUAUUCUUGCUAUUUUCAUUAUGAGACUGAAGCUAUUUUUGACACCUCACAUGUGCCUUAUGUCUUCCUUGAUCAGCUCUAAACGGCUCUUUGGCCGGCUCUUUGACAAAGUUCGUUAUGAAAAUUUUGUCUUUGCCAUUCUAGCAGUGAUGUCAAUUCAAGGUUGGUUAAACCUUCAGAGUCAAUUGAGCAUAAUAGGAGAGUUCAGUAAUAUGCCUCAGGAAGGACUUCUGCAGUGGAUCAAACAUAACACCAGACCAGAUGCUGUUUUUGCAGGUACCAUGCCAACAAUGGCAAGUGUCAAGCUAUCUACGAUGCGCCCCAUUGUCAAUCAUCCACACUAUGAGGAUGGAGAAUUGAGGGCCAGAACAAAGAUAGUUUAUGCUGUCUAUAGUCGAAAAACAGCUCAAGAAGUAAGAGAUAAACUAGUGCAGUUGCGUGUGAAUUAUUACAUUUUGGAAGAGGCGUGGUGCGUUGUAAGGACCAAGCCUGGUUGCAGCAUGCUUGAGAUCUGGGAUGAGGAAGACCCUGAAAACGUCAAAAGACCUUCCCUAUGUCGCGUCCUCAUUAAGGAUGGCCGGCCCUACUUCACCUCUAUGUACCAAAAUAGCAUAUACAAAGUUCUCAGAGUGAACUAGGUGGGGUGUGGACUCAGCCAGAGCCCGUGGAUGAAGGAGUGUCAGCAAUGGUCAUUGGUCUGCUCCCUGGCAGUGGUAUCAUUUGAAAAAAAAAAUCACAAAAUGCUUUUGGAAGUGUUUUUAAGAAAGAAAACAUUUUUAUUCAAUCAUUUAAUUCAUGCUGAUUAAAGGUCAAUAAUUCAUUUUUCACAUUGCAGAGUCAGCCUUUGUUAUAUAAAAACUAAUUUGUGACAUAAAACUUGUUAUGUAAGUGGUUAGAUGUUCACAUGCUACUUUAUCAAAUAUUUAUCUUAAAAUGUUUCAGGAUAGCCUUCUCUAAGAAAGAACAAAGACUAAAACGAGAGUGUAAGUUCUUUUUUAACCAAAUAAAUUGCUUUGGAUUUUCUUAAAUAAAAUAAGUCAUUUUAUGCUUCUUUGCGAACUCUAGAGGACCAGCCCAGCAAUACUGCAUGCUGAUUUGGUAUUUCCAUGUUGAUUGACUUGUUCCUGAUCCCAUGUGGGUUACCUCUGGGAGGAACUGAAUUUUUGCAAACACAUUUCUGUGAAGUUUCAAGUAACCAAGAAGAAUCUUAAAUAGAUUUGACCAACUUUUCAUCAUUUGAGUUAGUUUUUCAAACACCAUUAUUCACAUUAAAGUGAAUGUCUUCAAACAUCUUUGAAUAGUUAUAGAUAUUAAGAUGAAGAGUUUAUAGCUUAUAAUGAAAAAUUAUACGUAAGUCCCAGUAUUUUUCCCCCAUUAAUACCCAAGUAGACUUGAAGUGUGGCUAAAAUGGGGUGGGGUGGGGUGGGGUGGGGUAGGGAGCACAAAUUCUCAGAAAAGGAAAAAAGAAGAGUCAACAAAAUUCACCAAGUGCUUUUUUUCUUUUUGCUUAAACAAUGGAUCUUCGACGUGGCAAAAAGGUGGUCAUUUUACUAAGACUGUAGCUUGUUGUACAUCAUAUCUUCCCCUUUUCCUUUCAUCGUAUUUAUUUGUAUUUGAUUUCCAGUGGAAGUACUACUUUAUAAUUCUAUUACACACACACACACACACACACACACACACACACACAACCCCCCUCAUAUGCCCUAUUUUAAGCAGCCUUUAGGCCUUUAAAUCAUAAAAUUGUUAAAUACACUUUUCAUUCCCCUCAGCUGCUUGUUAAACUCUAUUGCAUUACCUGUAGAUAUGUGCCCCAUCUUCUAAUUCUUACUUAUUUGUGUUUGAACAGUAUUCUUGGCCCAAACGCUUUUGGUGGUAAUAAGAUAUAAUUCUAUAGAUUAAUAAGUAGGAAGAAUAACAAACAUUUUGUUGGUUUCCCUCUAUACAAAUGCUUCAAGUUGGGUAGCUAGAAUUUCCACACCAUAUUAAAAAGGGCCAUAAAAGAAGCUCUACUCUAGCUAGCUAACAUUUGACAGCAACCCUUCUGACUUUAGUGCAAUGGCAGGGCAGAGGACCAAAGGAAGCUCAUCUUGAUGUUUAGUUUUUGAGAGAACAUUUUCCAUAAUCUUCCCCUAGAAAACUAGAUGAGUCAAAACAUUUGAAAGAUAAAGAACAUUUUAAAAGAAAUCAUUACCAUUCAGGAAAGGAUGAAAUGAUGUAUUUGCAAGACUGUAAUUUGUAAAUGGAUUUUGUAUCAGUUAUUUUAUGUAUUAUAUACGUUGAAUAAAAAGAAACCUGAAGUUUCAA